AUGCCGAUUUCGAGGGUUUUCUAUGGCGAGUCCGAACGCGAGUAUCUACAGUACCAUGUACACUAUGGCCUGUUCUACUUCAAAGUCGAAGAUAUCGAAGGUCCUCUGAUUGUUGGUAUGAAAAUGUUACUUUUGCAUGCGUGCAACGGGCCGAUCCAGCUUGGCUACACUGGGGAGAAUUCUCGUUCAGGCCGAGGACAAAAUAUCCUGAACAAUCUACCACCUUUAAGAUGCUGGGUAUCCUGUUUACUGUACGAUGAGUUUGGACUCGCGUACCGGCAGGGUGGAACGCUCGAUGUCCUUUCAGCACCCCAACUGUUAAGUCUUAAAGAAUUAGAACCACCGGAAGAUCCUAUAAUUUUCGACUCCGCCGAAGAGGUGACCGAUUCUUGUUUUCCAAGUAUGGCGCCGUCAGGGGUGCCGCGUGAUAGCUAUCUGGGUAGCUUCGGAUGUAGCGUAAAGUUCGCCUGUUCAUCGAGGCAGAAUUCUGCGUCCACUUCUGCGUUAGGCCUGGAAUGGCUCAAACAUCUGGGUAGCAAGCGCAAAGUUCCAAAAUUCAAAUAUGAGCCCUCGGUGAUAGACGUACAUGAUGUGAGAGAUAAACUCGUUCGGGAGACCCUCGAAGAAGAAGUUUUGACCGAGGUGGUCGACCCUCGCGCAGGCCGCAUCAGGGAUACAAGGUUUCUUAACUUCCGCAGAAACGGAUUUAUGGUCCGCAAGACAGAUACCAGGCAAAUCCUCCCGAAAGCUUCUGAAUCGAGAAGUUCGGAUAACAAGUGGCUCUGUCAUAGCGUGCUUCGUGACCAUGCCCUUUAG